AUGGCCUUCAAUUUUGGGCAAUCUUCUACAAGCGGUGGGAGUGCACCGUCAUUAUUUGGAACAUCCAAUACACCUAGUUCGUCGGGAGGAGGUCUGUUCUCAGGUGCGCCAACAUCAACAGCAAACACGAACACGAACACGUUCACUUUUGGCGGAUUCAAGCCAUCGACAACAACACCAGCUCCACAGCAGAAUCUCUUCACCACCGGUGGUGCGACAAAUAACCAGCCUACUUCUUCUCCCAGCAUCUUUGGACAGCAGAGUGGCGCCCCUGGCACUUCUGCACCCACGAACAUAUUCGGAGCAACGACGGCGAGCAGUGACGCUACAAAGACAACAUUUGGAGGGCUUGGAGGGUUUGGUACACCAGACAAGUCGUCUACUCCUACAACAUCUGCCUCCUCGUUGUUUGGCUCAACCACCCCUGCUCCCAGUAAGGGAUUCAAUUUCGGCACGACUUCAACCACGCCAGCCGGACCCCCUCCAACCAGCUCAACAUUUGGCGCAAGUACAGGCGGUUCCAGCGCUGGCAUGUUUGGCGCAAAACCAGCCGAAGAUGUAUCCAAGCCAGGUUUUCUAAGUAAACCAGCCGCGGCCGCCUCCUCAACUCCCGGAAGCCUCUUUGGCGGAUUCGGACUUCCAAAACCAGCAGAGUCAACAUCGACAGCUACACCGUCAAUGACUGCUGCUUCUGCCCCUGAACAGAAGACUUGGACAUUUUCCGUGCCAGCCUCGAAUUCAGCAGUCACUUCUGCGCCAGCAUCUUCACAGUCAACCGCUGCUCCGUUGUUUGGCGGAACGCUGGGACAAGGUGCAUCCCAGAAUCUCUUUGGGAAGCCAGCAACGACAGAAGCUCCAGGGUCAGCCCCCAAGCCGACGUUCCCCUUCUCACAACCUUCCGCAACACAGGCUUCAGGCACAGCGACACCUGCGACUUCUGCUCCUGCCCAAACACCGCUUUUUGGCGGGUUCAGCCUCGGCGGCACUUCGAGCUCGGCACCAGCAACCGCUACGGCUACCGCAACUGCGCCGACGACCACGAGCUCCCUCUUUGGUGCUCAAGCUGCUGCGACAACGUCUCAGCCUGCCAAUACUUCAGCCGCCUCGGCAGGCCCCUCGCUUGCUUCAACAACAACAGCAACACAAUCUGCCACAACAUCGGCCCCUGCUUCUAGCCUUUUCUCGUUCGGCAAGACAGCAGCCUCAUCCACCUCACAACCUGCUGCCACGUCCGCUCCGACAGUUGGGACCGCUGCUGCACCGACCUCAUUUUCAGGUACAGUUGGCGGUCAAACUUCAACGGCAGGCCCUGCUCCACCCGCCCAGUCUCGUCUUCGCAAUAAGACUAUGGACGAAAUCCUCACCCGCUGGGCGACCGACAUGUCCCGCUACUCGAAAGAAUUCAAGGACCAUGCAGAGACCAUCGCGCGGUGGGAUCAAUUGAUCGUCGACAACUCGUCGAAGAUCGACAAGCUGUACGUGCGCGCCCGGACGUGCGAACGACAGACUAUGAGUGUGGAUAUGCAACUCACCGCCGUCGAGAACUCGCAAGCAGAACUGGAGGCCUGGCUGAGUAAAUACGAGAACGAUGUGGAUGAGAUGCUCGCCAAAGAUUCCGCGGCUCCCAGUGAAAUGGGUGGUCCGGAUCAAGAGAGGGAGAGGACGUACAAGCUUGCGGAGAAAUUAGGCGAGAGACUAGAGGAGAUGGAGAGAGAUUUGGAAAGUAUGGUUGAUGAAGUCAACGCUGCGAAUGCGAGCCUGAGCAGGAGUGGAAAGGGAGACGAACCGGUAAGUGAAGAUGGACUGAUCCUUUACUAUUUUGCGUUGAACGGGGAACUGACGAGCUCGACACAGAUCACACAAAUCGUAAAGAUCCUCAAUUCGCACUUGAUCCAGCUGCAGGCCAUCGAUCAAGGCACACAGGCUUUGCAGGAGAAGGUCGCUGUGGCGCAAAAGUCUGCGAGUCAGUUGGGCUACCUGGGCGGCUUCCGGUCAUCAACAACCGAUGGGAGCAACAAUAGUGCAGCCGUCCACGAUUUCUAUCGGAGUUACAUGGGAAGGAGAUCAUGA